CGUAGAGAUGUGUUAAGGAGGAGAAGGGGACGGAUUGCUAACCCGAGCUAGCCGGAUCCCUCCCGAUUAUAGAAAACACGGCAGUGCGUGGUCAUGCACACACGGUAGGAUUAAAUCCGUGAGAAAAAAGCACGCUUUGGAAUACAAAAUAGGGACGAGAGGACUACUUUUCUGGCGGAAUAACAAAGCCGGUGUGGAUUUUGCAUUAAAAAAAUCUGAGCCAGCUGGCCUAGCCGGACUCUGGGAGCUCGUCUCCCAAAAACAACAAGAAUGGGGUCUAGCUCCACUCCGAAUAGCUAGUAAAGAGUGAUCUUUGAUUGCAGAAUGGCAAAUUUCACGAAUUACCAGGAGGGUAAAGCAGUGAUGUUGAUGGUGGAGGCGCACGGUACAAAUGGAGACGGAUCGGUCGGGGAACCCCCUUCCCAGUUAAUUAAUAUCGGAGGUGGUGCUGGUGGUGGUUCUCGCUUGCAUCAACAUCUCCCGCCCUCCAACCACCACCAUCACUACCAGCUGGCCCCACAGCAGCAGCAUCUUUCCGGGGAAAACAUUGCAGAGUCUCCAGGCUGCAGGAAAGCCUCUUCUUCUUCCACCGCGGAGGAAUCUGCCGCUUCGCCCGCCGCUAGCGGCAGCCAUAUCUACGCGGCGGUGAGCGUCACUAACACCUCCGAUGUUGUGGAUGAUAUUCGCAAAUGUGGCUAUUUAAGGAAGCAGAAACAUGGACAUAAGAGGUUUUUUGUGCUCAGGGCUGCCAGUCACCUCGGUCCGAGCCGCUUGGAGUAUUAUGACAGCGAGAAGAAAUUCAGGAGCAGCCUGCGCUCUGCUGCCGCUGCUGCUGCCGCGUCUGCUGCAAGCGGUGGAGCGGUGGCCGCUUCUCCCCCGAAAAGGGUUAUUUACCUCUACCAGUGCUUCACGGUGAACAAAAGGGCGGAUUCCAAAAACAAACACCUCAUUGCGCUUUACACUAAGGAUGAAUAUUUUGCCAUUGUGGCGGAAAACGAGCUGGAGCAGGAGGACUGGUACGUGGCUGUCAGUGAGUUGAUGUGUGAGGGCAAAAAAGGGCAUGUGGAUUCAGAUGAUUUAGAUGAUGGAUAUGGUACUGUCACCCCUGGUACUGUGUUUAAAGAGGUGUGGCAGGUGAAUGUGAAACCUAAAGGACUGGGUCAAACUAAAAACCUCACAGGUGUUUACCGGCUAUGCCUCUCAACGAAAACGGUUCACCUGGUAAAGUUGAACUCUGAAACCCCCUGUGUUAACCUCCAGUUGAUGAAUAUCAGACGCUGUGGACAUUCAGAAAGUUUCUUUUUCAUUGAGGUGGGCCGCUCCUCCUCUAUCGGGCCCGGGGAGAUAUGGAUGCAGGUGGAUGAUUCUGUCGUGGCCCAAAACAUGCAUGAAACCAUCUUGGAGACGAUGAAAGCCCUGAAAGCUUUUGCAGAGUUUCGGCCCAGGAGUAAGAGCCAAUCAUCCGGCUCCAACCCGAUGCCCUUCAUCACAACACGGCGCCAUCUUGGAAACCUGCCUCCAAGCCAGACGGGACUCCAGCGGCGGUCGAGAACAGAGUCAGUCGUCGGCACGCCACCGUCGAGUAAAAGCUCCGGGGCGAGUGGUUAUCGCUUCCGAACAUCCAGUGAGGGUGAGGGGACGAUGAACCGGCCGUUUCGCUCUGCCACAGGAAGUCUGGUUCACCUCAACUCUGCACGGGCCCAUCAUUGUCGUCAGGAAGGCGCCGGCAGCAGUGGUGUCGCUACAGGAAAUGCUGGUACGAGCACAGGAAGUGGACGCUACGUCAGAGCCAUCCAGGGGUCGUCGUCCGCUUAUCAUGCCCGCUCCGCCUCACUCCCAGUCUCCCACUUCCCCUCCACCACCAGCCCAGUUAGCGUAUCCUCCAGUAGCGGCCAUGGCUCCGUUUCCGACACACUAACCCGCCCAUCGAGCGCCUCAAUAUGCGGCUCUCCAUCCGACGGAGGCUUCAACUCAUCGGAUGAAUACGGAUCCAGUCCCGGCGACUUUAGGUACUUCCGGGUGCGGAGCAACACGCCAGACUCCCUCGGAAACACGCCGCCAAUCAGAGAAGAGAACUGUCUAAACGACUACAUGGCGAUGGGCUGGAACCGGGAAGUGUUCGGCACCAGCUCUGGAAACAACAGCGGAGGAGACACGCCACGAGACGAAAGCACGUCGACGACGGAAGACGACCGCUUUUCUUCAUCGUCGCUGAGGAGGAGGACGCACUCGUUCUCCAGAGCGGCUGCUGCUGCUGCCGGUGGUAGUGGAGCGACUGGUGGUUCUGGAGUAGCAGUUUACCAGAAAAUGACCCAGACCAACUUCUCAUUGGAUGAAGGGUCGGAUAUCGUGUUACCGUUUGGCAGUGGGUUGCUUCGUGGCGGGCCUUCUUCCUCUUCUUCAUCGCUACGAUCCGACUACAGCUCCUGCUCCGAUCACAGCCAGCAGAGCCGACCCUCCACUCUCUCCCGUACUGAAACCAGCUCUGAUCGCCCUCCUCCAUCUUCCUCUUCCUCUGCUAAAGAAGACAGCGGCUACAUGCCUAUGAUGUGUGGCGUGGCUUCAUCGUCGCAGGACACUCCCCCUGACUACAUGCCUAUGCAACCCGGCUCUUACCCCCACCCCGCCUCUAAUUCCCCGCAGUUUCACAGUCCAGCUUUAGGUCACCGUUCAGCCCACCAGCUCCAGCCCCAAGACUCCCACGGCUACAUGAUGAUGCUCCCAGGGGGCGGAGGCUCUCCUUCCCCAGGACAUCCGGCCUCCCCCAGCCCUCACAGUAGCUCCAGCAUGCCCGGUGGGAGUGACAGCAUAGCAGAGAGACCAGAAAAUGGAGAAUAUAUGGACAUGUCGUACUGCAGCGGUGGGUCACGAAAGCCCCCAAAUGAAGGGAACGAUGGGUAUUAUACACCUGGUACACCUGAGGGCACCCCAAAGUCUUACAGCCCUUAUUUCUCCCUCCCUCGCUCCUACAAAGCCCCCACCAGAGAGAGAGAUGAGAAGGAAUAUGGGGAGUAUGUUCCCAUGAGUUCUCCUGCCAAGCCAGUUUUUUCAUCCAUUGCCACAGCUUCCAUGUUAACACCAGAGAAAAGGGGUGGGGGAGGCAGUAGCAGCAAUUUAACCCCUUCGCACCCACCUCCGCCUUACGGUGCUCAUCACACGACCGCAGCGAUGGCCGACAGACGCGCCGAGAGGCCGAACCGCCUUCCUUUGGGCCGAAGAAGUUUCCACGGUCCACUGCGGGUUAGUGAGCCCCCCACGGCGUCUUCAGGCACCUCAACAUCUGUCCCCGCCACCGCCAGCUCCUCCGAAAGACCCUCAAGUCCCGGAGAGUAUAUUAACAUCGAGUUUGGCGAUCAUUAUCCUCACCAACAACAGCCCCCCGAUUAUCCCCACACUGUCCAAGACGAAGCGCCUUCUUCAAGUGACCGCCGCUCCUCCCCUCACCAGGAUUAUAUGAGUGUGGAGGUGGGGGCAGAUAAGCAGGACUCCUCUGGAUGUAAAAAACAAUCACCCAGACCCAGUCUAGUCGCCCCCUGGAACCCACCGAGCUACAUCCGACCCCUGGCUACCAAUCCUGGGGCCUCUCCUGGAGCCGGGGAUCACUGGAGGUCGAUGGGCGACGACUACACGGACAUGACGUUCAGCAAAGGUGAGAGGACUCAAACCAGUCCGACAGCCAUGCUGCAGCAUCUCUGUGUGAUCGAGGGACGUUACGGCCACCCUCCCCCCGCCUCUUCCUCACCCCCUCUCCUUCCUCUCACCCCUUCGAGCCCAGGAAGGGUGCAGACACAACAGCUGGAGCCCAAGGUGGUUCGAGCCGACCCGCAAGGCCGACGGAGACACAGUUCAGAGACUUUCUCCUCCACAUCUUCCUCUAACUCAACUCCCUCUGGACUUGUACCCUCCGCAAACCCCCCAACACCGGCCAACCCCACAGCCCCUUACCUAGCGGAGGGUCAGGCUUCCAGGUGGACCAGCUCGGCGUCGUUUGACAGCAUGUGGGUGUCCAUGGAGGGCCUCGGCGGGGAGUCACCGGUUCACCAUGCUCCUGUAAGAUCCAUGGAAAUGGGUGCAGCAUCUGCAUCAGCGUCAGCGUCCUCUGGAGGCGGCAGGAUGUGCAGGAACAUGUCUGUGGGAUACCAGAACGGCCUGAACUACAUCGCCUUGGAGCUGAGGGAGGAUGGGAGUAACGCGGGAGUAACGUCCGGAGCCGGGAGCAGCAACGGGGGUUUGGUGUCGACGCCGGGGACGGUGCCGACGCCGGAGAACGGAGCCUACGCCAGCAUAGACUUCACCAAAUCAGACGGGGUCACAACGACAACGAAGGACUGAGCGUCGGGAUAAUGGUUCCCCUUCUUCCUCCUCAUCUCUCUGGUCGGGGCUCUCGACCUUUGACCUCUUCAGAAAAACAACAACAACAUCAGAUGACUAAAAUGCUUGCAGUUUUUAUAAGUGUAUUUCAUCAUUAUUUUUGUGUUUUUUAUGCAUAUCUUGUCCUGUUUUUUCUUUUUUUUUAUAAUUUCCCCCCUCUCACAAUCAAUGCUGCGAGUGUACGCUGCUUUUUCAACAGACUUUGGUGGAGGGGGGGGGGGGGGGUUAAAAGAGCCUCAUUAUCAGGCUCUCCAUACGGUAUUAAAAAAGGGACGCUGGAAGCAACGGCAUUGAUGGUACGGACUUUUAUGUUGCGUUGACUUUAAAAUAUGAUUUUAAUUCUAUUUUUUACCCCCCAUGCAUUAUCCUUCCUCAAUAUGGUACCGCACAGUUAUUACAUAAGUUGGAGUAGAUUUAUUAUAAUAGAUUACCCAAAUAAAUGGUACAAGCUCACAGGUACUGCGAUUGUUCCCAAAUACCAUCUUUACCACAGUGUACUGAAACAACCCUCCUCAUGUUCUGUAGCACAUAUUAUAUAUUUAUUUGUUGCAAUAGGUACAAAUAUUCCGGUACAUUUCUUUGUUUGCUUUCACUACAGCGAUGGUACUCGGCAAUGCUGGAAAGUUUUAUGGUUUUUUAUUCAUUACUGAUGUGUUUAAAGGGGUAGUUUUGGCAAAAGCUAUGAGGCUAGUUAGCUUAGCAUAAAGACUGGAAGCAGAGGGAAACAGCUAGCCUGGUUCUAAAGUUCAAAUUGGACAUUACAAUAUAUUUUAAAGCUUAUAGUUUGAUAUUUUAUAACUUGUAUUGUUUAAUCUGUACAUAAAACCCAGGUGUAAAGUUAAUAAUUCAUGUUUUAUGGGCGGUUAUUAUGGAGGACAAUUUCCUGAAGUCUUGUUGUCCAUCCCUCUCCUAAAUACAUUUCGUAAAAUACCGAAAUGUCUUAAGUACCCUUUGGCUUUUGUGCAGGUUGAACCAAAAAGAUAUCGCAUCAUUAUUGAGAUCUCGAGUAACUGACAGGUGGAUUUUGUUACCUUUAAACAGAGCUAGGCUAGCUGUUUCCCUCCAUCUCAAGUGUUGAUGCUAAGCUAAGCUAGCAUCAUCGAAAAUCUGACACGCAGAAAACUAUUCCUUUAAAAAAAAAUACAUCAGGAAGUAGCUUUAAGUUUUGGAAACACGACUUUGACUUAUCCGAAACUAAAGCAGGUGUUUUAAUUUUUUCUUUCUUAAGUUUUACCUCAUAUGGUCCGUAGCACAGUUCAGGUUAGCGAAGGAAAGACACACACACAUACACACACAAUCACACUCUCAUACAUACUCGCUCACACACACCACAACACUGUAAAAGGUUAAAGUACAGAUGCUGAAACUGGGAUGCAAACAUAAGACUUAUGCACACAUAACAUAUCUGCAAGUGAAGUGUGUACCUUACAGCUGUGGCAUUUAUAUACACACACACACACACACACGUCAUAAAGACGCAUGUCACGGUCAUGUGGCGUCUCCCAUGUCUGCUCUAUUUAGGCCCCCAUUUUGGCUCUUUGUCAAUGCUAUUGACGCACACACACACUUGGUGACGUAAAGGGGUUUCCAGUAACCUGAGCUUCAGCCCCAGGUGCAGCGCGCUGGUCAUACUUGCCCCUUUACAAACUCACACACACCCGUAUAUGCACACGCACACACAUUCGGACAGGCAGUGGACACACACAUCAAUCACAGUCCUAUCUGAAUGCUUGCUGCCUCUUCACACACACACACUUUAACAGACUGACACGCCCAUAUUUAGCAUUUCUACGCUUCUCUCCUAUUUCUAGACUGACAGCCCGCAGAAUUGCAAUUUUUUUUUCAGUAUUCGCUCAUCUAAUGCUACAAAUGCCCUGAUUGUUCCCUUCUUUUUAAUCCUCCCACUCUUUGUUUUGCUGUUUUGAAUUCAUUUUGACUGAAAAGGCCUGUCACUCUCGCUGCUCUUUUGUGUGCGACGCAUCACUGUGGUGCCGCACAGCAGGAAAUCUGAGCGACUGAGCCGUGUGUCUUUUAAUAAUCCUCAUUUGGAGACGGUUUUGUGUCGAGGUUUAAGCGGAAAAACGUCGGUACAGAAACUCCACUUCCCCUCCCUGAUCAUCCACAUUUCAAACGGUCUGAUUUCAAACCCACCAAAUGCUGUUUUUAAAGCCUGUGACGUGUCUUAUGUGUACAUUACGAACAAUUUGACAUACUUUUCAUUUGCCCCACUUGUCGGACGAUCAAAGAAUAUUAAGGCUGCUGCCCAAGAACAUUUUCUUAUGUUUUGAAAAAAUGUUUUGUGUACUUACUAUGCUACAGCGAAGUGUUGCUUUUAUGAGGUUUAUUUUAUGGUAAAUGCAAGAUUUCUGGGGGGGAUUUUUGAAAGAAGCCUCUGUAACUUAUUUGAAGCAUUAUUCAAAAAAUGGCUAAAUGUUGUUCAUGUCUGAUUGCCUUCAUGUUGGAUUUGACCCCCUUUUUUUUAAACCAUGACCAUUAAUUAAUUUACACAGAAUCUGUGUUUAUUUUGGCAACUACUCAACCUCAAAACUGUCCUCGAUUUUACCCAUUCUGAUGUUGAAAAUCAGCUGUUGUGAAUUUUUCUUGUUGGGGGUGGAGAAAUGAGAAAGAAGACCUACGUAAUAUAUCAUUAUAUAUAUAUAAUCCUCGCAGAGAAGACUUAGGGUUACUGCAUCAUUAUGCAAUUUCCUUUUUCCUCUAAUAUUUUGGUUUCUUUUGUAUUCUAGUUUACAGAGGGGAAUAAUCAUCUUAUUUUUGGUUGUUUUUGUCAUACUGGGGCGACCUUGUUUCUCUGAAAAACAAAGCAAGGCUAGUAUUUUUCUUUUUUAAGAGUACAUAGGCAUUUUGCAGUUAUUUGUAUAAAGAAAUGGGUAACAACCUCUGCCUAAUGUUUAUUUUUUUGUAACUAUAUUACAGUUUAUUUGCUGCUGUGUAGUACAGUUAACGGUUGGAAAUGCUGUCGAUGAAGAUGGAGAUGAUGUUCAUCGCGGGUCCGUAUUUUUCCCAGAAUUCCUCUGGGGAUUUGGGAGGAGGGGGAUUGGGAAGCAGAUCUCCUGUGUUCUUAGUUUCCGAGUUGAAUGCUGUUGUUUAUUAGCUUUACAGGAAAGAGAAAGAGUAAAAAAAAAUACUGUGGAGGUGUGUAUCCUUCGUAUGUGCAUUAUUUUUCAGCGACGUACGUCCCAUAUACGAUAAAAGAAGAAAAAAACGAGUUAAAAAAUGUGUUGGAAAUGGAAAAUCCUCCUUCUGUAAAUAACGAAAACUCAAGUUGUCGCUUUUUUCAUGUUAUGAUCGGCGCCUCGGCAGGUGCCCCCCCUAUUCUUUUGUUUUUGUGUUACUUCCUUCUCUCUUUUCUUUCUCGUUUUUCCUCGUGGAGGGAAAGGGGGGCGGGAGGAGGCGAUUUGAGCAUCGGCAUAGUGUUUAUAUUUAUCAAAACUUUUUUGCUUUCGAUAGAGCUAUUGCAAUAAAAAUGUGUUCAUGUAA